AUAUUCCUGUAACGAAUGAGCCACACUCAGUCAGUCGCUUCUCAAUUCCAGUGCUGAAUCGGAUCGAGCUAGCUAGGUCACUCCUUUUUGAGAUAGGGUAAGGAUCCUGUCGAUGGCGGCCUCCUUGAAGGUCAAUGGCGCUGUACUGGCAACGGUGGCGGCGAUCUUCCUCGCCGCCGUGCUUCCUUCUCACGCGUCGACGACGGUCGACGAGCCAGCGGCUAACUAUAAGCCCGCGGCUCCAGCGCCCCCGCCGCCUGCGUCCUCGUACACCCCGCCGCCGGCGGUCCAGCCGGUGGUCGUCGUCCACGGCGUCAUCUACUGCAAGUCCUGCAAGCUCAGGGGAUACAACAGCGGCAUGGACGCGUCCCCUCUCCCAAACGCGACGGUGAGCCUGGUGUGCUACGGCGACGAGGAGAGCGGCUACCGGGUGCUGAACCAGACGAGCACGGCGGCGGACAGGAACGGCUACUUCAUCGUGAUGGUGUACGACGUGGACAUGUUCGACCGGCACACCUGCCGGCUGUACCUCCGCUCCUCGCCGACGCCGCUCUGCGCCAGGCCCUCCGUCCCGUCCAACCCCAAGCUCGGGCUCACCCUCGUGCGGGACCGCGCGGCCACGGCGCCCAGGGGCUCGCGCGGCGUCUACCACGCCAGGACCGCGCUCAUGUACGCGCCGGGCGCCGGCGGCAAGUGCCCGCCCUACUGACGAGUGAUGACGACGCGCCGCGCCGUCGCCGGAGGGGACGGACGCGUCGACGAGUGCGUGCGUGCGCGGAGUGGUGGGUGCUCGUUUGGUCAGGACGGAACUCAAGAUGCCGUCGUCGCCGGAGGCAAGAAUAAGAUGAAGUGCAUGGUCGUUGUCACGUAGGUGUGUCGUCCGUUUAGUUGGUGCUGCAUGGCUCGCCGGAGUGUUUGUGGUGUGUUUGAGUCUGAAGUGGUUCGGUCGUCAUCUGUGUAACCUAUGUCUGAAUCGGUCACCUGUUUUCGAAUGAAGGAAUCCGGGCAUCCGUUCAAUUUUUUGUUU